CAGGACGCAGUGACUGUCACUCGAAAUAUUUCUAGGGGGCUUUUUCUCCGGGCAGGACGGGUAUUAUUUGAACAAGCAGAGACAGUCGUUUGUGGGACUGACGUUCACUACAGCAUGUAUCGCAGUUACGGGAACGCGAACGAGCCGGGCGAGCAGUGCUUCUCCAGCUCGGGCUCCUUGAACCCGAGCGCCUCCAGCGCGGACGAGCGGCAGAAGUUCCCUGUGACAGGUGCUGGUCAGUUUGUCCCCAGCCUUAACACCAUCACCUCCAGCCAUGACCUCCAGUGGCUUGUCCAGCCUUCCCUGAUGCCUCCACCAGGCCUUCCUAGAGCACCUCGGCCCCCUCUGCCCGUUGAACCGGGACUGGUCUCACAUCCCCGCCACCCGUCUCAAACGCAUCUGCUUCGGCCAGGGGUCAUAAGGGCCAUCGGGGGGCCACCGACAAGGCGAAGGAAUGAUGAAUUUCUGUCCCCAGAAGAGAUGGAGAGGAGGAGGAUUCGGAGGGAGCGGAACAAAAUGGCUGCUGCCAAGUGCCGGAACCGCAGGCGCGAGCUGACAGAUUCUCUUCAGAAUGAGACGGACCAGCUGGAAAGCGACAAGGCCAACUUGCAGAAGGAGAUUGCGGAGCUGCAGAAGGAGAAGGAGAAGCUGGAGCUGGUCUUGGAGGCCCACCGGCCCAUUUGCAAGAUCGAAGACUCGGAUUCGGACUCCGACCCGGACUCGGAACUGCCUUCCCUCGGAGCCGUCAAAAUGGAGCCCAGGGAUUUGGACUCCCCCGGAACGUCCGCGAAGUGUCAGAAGAGGCCGGAGAAGCCCAAGCCCAAAAUAUUCCUCCCAUCCCCAGUCUCCAACUUGCCUUCCUCCUCUGCGUCCGUGGUUGCAGCUGAUUCCGAAUCUUUGCACACCCCCGUCCUCAUCUCCACACCCUCUCUCACCCCCUUAAGUGCCAGUCUGGUCUUCACAUACCCAUCCGCCCCUCUGGAUACAAACACAGCCUCUUCCUCCCACCAUCUUGCCCUUCCCGGCUCCUCCUCCUCCUCCUCCGUGUCCCAGCACUCCCAGAACCCGCGUCCCUGCAGCGUAGCGCACCGACGCAGCAGCAGCAGCGGGGACCAGUCGUCAGACCACUCCCUCAACUCUCCGACCAUCCUCACCCUGUGAAUGCUGGACGCCCUCCGAUGGCGCCGGAAGACUAACGGAAGGCUGUUGCGGGGAUGACCGCGACAGUGACGAUAAUGCCCAGUGCCGCUAUCAAGAAAUUAUUACUGGGGUCUGCAAAUAGUAUUUAUUCAUCCUUUAUACUUUACACUAUCUGACAAUUAUAUCCAAUUUAUAGUCAAUGAGCAAAAUGGGAGCAGUGUGGCACCCUGUAGAAACGAUGAAUAAUCAAUAACGAUGCAUGUUUAUCCUUCCUGACUUUUGCAGCCCCUUAACUAUAGUUACUGGACUUUAUAAAGUGAAGCUUUUUCUUACACCUCCGUGUAAAUCUUAGCACUACAUUGCAUGGUACAGAAUCUUAGAGGUCAGUUUGAAAGCUAUCGAAGAUGAAUGUUAGGUCAACGACAGCUGUUGGACAGCGUGUGUGUGUAAGCUAGCUCACUCUGUCUGACCUGCCAGCUGCUGAGUUGGGACAGAGAAUAUUGGAUAUGAAAUCAUCAAAUAAUGUGAAAGAUGAACAGAGGCCCAAAUUUACAUAUUUGAGGAGAGUUUGCUCUCUUAAUUAAUUAAAAUAAAAGCGCAACAGAACGGACAUAAGACUAUUCUUGGUUGUCAUUUCUUGCGAGGCCUUGUUUAGCGUACAAGUUCCCAAAUUCAUGUGUCUAGCACUAAAAAAUCGUGACUAAAUAGUAAUAACGUACAAACAUUUAAUAGCAGAAGUUCUAUUCAAAUACUAUACAUUUAAAAUAAAAAAAAAAAAUCUAAGG